CCGACGCGCGGGAUUGGACUUUAACAAUGGCCAUUGAGUUGAGGGCGCUGCGAUACGACGAACGGCGACUCAAUCCUGCGUGAAAAUCAAGCUACUUCCACUUCCGUCCAAUUCCGAACUUCCGCCGCUACCCAUUACACUGCCACCGGAAAAACGCCCUUUUUGCUCUCUCUUCUACUCUUUACACUGCGAGAAAUUCCUCCGGGACUCGAGAGUCGGCGCUGAAAGGCUUCUAAUGGCGGGCUCUGUCGUCCAAUCUAGUCGAUCGAGGGACCUAGAUAAGCUCCUUCUUAGGCCCGGUAAUCUCAUCGGCGCCAAUUUUGAGCCUGGUUCCCAAUUGAGGGAUGACCUUCAACAGUACGUGAAAGUGUUGGUCGUAGGAGCUGGCGGGUUGGGCUGCGAGCUCCUUAAGGACUUGGCUUUGUCGGGUUUUCGGAAUCUGGAAGUUAUUGACAUGGAUCGUAUCGAAGUGACUAAUCUCAAUCGUCAAUUUCUCUUCAGGCUUCAAGAUGUCGGUAAGCCAAAAGCUGAGGUGGCUGCAAAACGUGUUAUGGAGAGAGUUAGUGGUGUCAAUAUUGUGCCACAUUUUUGCCGGAUCGAGGACAAGGAAAUUGAAUUUUACAAUGACUUCCACAUUAUUGCACUUGGCCUUGAUUCCAUUGAAGCUCGAAGUUACAUUAAUGCUGUAGCUUGUAGCUUCCUUGAGUAUGAUUCUGAUGAUAGUCCAUUGGAAGAAACAAUUAAACCAAUGGUAGAUGGUGGAACUGAAGGCUUUAAGGGCCAUGCAAGGGUAAUUUUGCCAGGGGUCACACCAUGCUUUGAGUGUACCAUUUGGCUUUUUCCACCUCAAGUAAAGUUUCCUUUAUGUACUCUAGCAGAAACUCCUAGAACUGCUGCUCAUUGUAUCGAGUAUGCCCACCUAAUUAAAUGGGAUGAGGUUCAUAGUGGAAAAACUUUUGAUCCAGAUGAUCCAGUGCAUAUGAAGUGGGUUUAUAACGAGGCUGUUAAGAGAGCCGAGCUUUUUGGCAUUCCGGGAGUUACAUAUUCACUAACUCAGGGCGUUGUGAAGAAUAUCAUACCUGCCAUCGCUUCCACCAAUGCAAUUAUAUCAGCUGCAUGUGCACUAGAAACAUUGAAGAUUGUAUCAGGAUGCAGCAAAACUCUAUCCAACUACUUAACAUAUAAUGGUGCAGAAGGUCUCCACACUAAAGUGACCGAGUUUGUAAGAGAUAAGGACUGUCUUGUAUGUGGUCCAGGUGUUCUUAUUGAGCUGGAUUCUUCAAUUACUUUACAAAAGUUCAUUGACCUGCUAGAAGAUCAUCCCAAGCUCUUGUUAUCGAAGGCAAGCGUCACGCAUCGAGGGAAGAAUCUAUACAUGCAGGCGCCUCCUGUACUUGAAGAGAUGACCAGAUCAAAUUUGAGUGUUCCACUUUUUGACUUGAUGGGCAAAGUUUUGAAAGAUGUAGUCCAUGUGACUGGUGUAGCUUCUAAGAAUGAUAAGAAAACUUCAUGUCUCCGAAAAUUACGUGUGGCUUUUAAGGGUGUUGACGGUGUUACAGAUAUGGACACUGCAGUGGAUAUUUGCGAAGAUUUCCUGGUUGAUGAUGCAUGUUUCAGUGCUGUUUCAGGCCAUUUGUGUCAGCUUCAACUGGGAAAACUAGCUGCUGAUCCCAAAUCUUGAUGGAUUUUCUUGCUGAAGACAGGCGACUAACCAAGAGAUAUUACUGAUGCUGAAUAUUUAAUGCUAUAGUAGAAAGAAAGAACCCUUUGAUCUAACAUCUUCUUGAGGGGCCUCCAAUGCACAAGAUGUUAGGCAGCAAACAUGGAGGGUCCCCCAACCAGCUAGCAAACCGAGUGAAAAUGUGGAACCCUACUACUACCAUGAUUAUUGAUUUAGUACUUUGCACAUUUGGGUUCACUGUAAAGCUAAAGUGGAUGAAAAUUAGUGAUAUGGAUUUUAAUGAGCUUUUGAAAAAGAGUUGCAAUAUAUCAUGUUCGUUAGGAGAUUUGAUUCCCUUUUCCAUAUCAAUAUUUUUAUGUAUUUCCUGAAAACACAGGAAAUGAGAUGUGUUAAAAA